AUGUCCUAUUCAAACUCAAACUCAGACGUCUUCGAUGUCGUGGUUAUCGGCGGAGGACCUGUUGGUCUAGCCGCAGGAUACGAAGUCGCCAAAGCUGGAAGCAAGGUAAUGAUUCUUGAACAGAAUAAUUUCUUCAACCAAGCCGGUAGUUCUGGUGAUCUGGCCCGCAUGUUUCGCACUAUGUACACUGAGGAGUUCAUGGCCAAGCUCGCGAUUGAGGCCAUGAAGCAUUGGGAUGCUCUUGAGAAAGACGCUGGAGUGUCGCUUCGUUGGAUGGGAGGCCUUUUAAACUUUGGUGAUAAGGACAUGGGCGGUGAUACUCCAGAAGGAUCACUUCUGGGACCCAAGGCGAACUUGGACAAGUUUGGAAUGAUCUACAAGGAGCUCACUGCCGCGCAAAUCGAGGAGCAGUAUCCCUUUAAGAACCUCGAUCCCAAGUGGAUCGGACUGUUCGCUCCUGACAACGGUGUCAUCAACGUCCAACUCCUCCUCCGCACCUUAUACGGUCUCGCCAAGGACUACGGUGCCCAGGCAAAGCAGCAUACUCAAGUCAAGCAGCUUCGUCCUCUGGACAGUGAUAAGUCCAUCUGGGAAGUCCACGCGAUGGUCCAUGACAAGGAGGUCAAGUACUUGACAAAGAAGAUCAUUAUUACCAGUGGAGCUUACGUCAAUCAUGUCCUGAAGCCCAGCUUCAGCAUUGGUCUGAGACUGGAAAUUUGGGAAAUGGUUGCUACCUACUUCAACACCAAUCCCGGACCAAAUGGCACUAUCUUCCCUAGCAUGUGGUUCCAGUUCGGUCCAUCGGUGAACGGCAGGUCCCAGCUCUUCUACGGCUUCCCAGCCCUGCCAUGGGGCCCACCGAACGUUGUGAGAAUUGCAGUGGAUGCUGCUACUCGAACGAUUGACGACCCAAGUCAACGACAGGCCAAUGUUCUUGAUCCAAGAGAUAUUCAAGACACUCAAGAUUUCGUCAGAGACCAUGUCGUCGGCGUUGACGCUACCGUUCCGGCCUCGACUGUUAGCUGCCUCCAGACCAAUGUUUUCGAUAAUAUGUUUGUGCUGGACUUCUUGCCAGAGAAGUACCUCCAAGGUGGUGCGGAGAAGAGUAUUGCUAUCUUCACCGCUGGCUGGGCUAUGAAGUUUGUGCCAACCCUGGGCAAAGCACUUGCUGAGAUGGCAUUGACUGGGAAGUCUAACUAUAAGCUGGAUGAGUUCUCCAUCACUCGUCCUGCUCCGAAAGGAAAGGAGAUUAUCGUCGAGGAUCCUGUGUCCAUCAAUGCGUCUGCAAAGAAAGAGGCAACUCUGUCUCUGUCUCGUAGCGAUUGCACACAGUCUCAGGGAUCUUCAUGCCGCUCUAGCUGA